UCAAUCACUUCCGGGUCGUCUGUGGGCGCAAAGUUUUCCGUUCAAAAAUGCCAAAAAAGCGGGUCCAAAGAAAAACCUCUUGCAAAGAUCAGAAGGAAAAUAAGAUCUCGAUUUCAAGGAAAAGGAAAGCAUCGAGCCCACUGGAGGCAUGUAACCAAUCCCACACAAAGACGACCUGGGCAGUGAACACAGAACGCACACGAGACAUACUGCAGGACAUGGGAGUAGAACUGUUGUCGCAAAAUAGUACAGAUAGCUGUGCAAGCAACACAGAAAAUUUUACCCCAGCCACAUUUGUUAAAGAUGAAAAUAGUCAAAGUAGCACAUCCAGUUUUCAUCUUCCACCAGUCCCUGGGGCUCCGAGAAUACUACUAGACAGUCAUCGUGACAAUGUGACAUCAUGCAGUGAUGAGUCGUCUGAGAGUUCCCUAGACCCUAACUUGACCCCUUGUCUCAGGACUAUACAAAACAUACCAAACCCCAACAUACAUUUCAGCAUUAGCAGACAGUUUAAGCGGCAGAGAACUGACACAGGGGCUUAUGAUUACUUUGGUCUUCUAUCAGAUGAAAUUAUUCUUGCAAUAUUUGCUUGGUUACCAAAGUUUGUGCUUGCCAAAUGUGCUAGAGUAUGCAAAAAAUGGAGCAGAUUAGUGCUAGACGAGUCAUUGUGGAAAAGGAUAGAUCUUUCAACAAAGACACUGAGUCCUGGAGUCCUUGGUCAUGUGAUGAGCAGAGGGGUUUGGGCCUUAAGGCUCGCAAAGUCUGAGAUUGAAGGUCCAAUAUUUACUGGUCCAACUAGUCCAAUAAAAUCAACAAGGUUAUCAAAAGUGCAAUAUUUAGAUCUCAGUAUGGCAGGGACAAGCCCCGAAGUUCUUGAAGAAAUAUUUUCAAUUUGUAAAGAUCUCAGGAAAAUUAGUCUUGAAAAUCUAGAAGUGAAUGAUAAAGUAUGCUGCUAUAUUGGUGAAAACAAACAUUUGACGGUGCUCAACAUGGCAAUGUGUCAGGGAAUUACUGCCAAUGGUCUUAUGCCAAUACUCUCAAAUUGUAGAAAGCUAGAAUCAUUACAUUUAGGUUGGACAGGGCUCCAUAGACAUAGUAUUGUAUAUUUAUGCUUGUGCCUACCACCAGAUCUGCAGAAACUAAACCUCAGUGGGUGUAGGGAGAACAUUACUGAUGAUGAAGUACUGCAGUUGUGUAAGACAUGUCCAAAUCUACGUGAAUUGGAUCUCAGUGACUCAACAUCACUAACAAAUGACUCUGUCACCCACAUUAUCCUCAACCUUAGAUACCUAGAACAUAUCGCCCUCAGUAGAUGUUACCAUAUAGUUCCUGGUUCAAUCACAGAUCUCAAUGAGAUGCCAUCAUUGUUAGCAGUGGAAGUAUUUGGAAUCUUACGUGAGAACCCACUAAAAGUGCUCAAAAGUAACCUACCAAGAACUGAAGUGAAUUCAUACCCAUUUUCCAGUAUUGCACGCCCAACUACAGGAAUUCAUCGGACCAGUAUCUGGGGGAUUCGGGUCAGAGAUAAUGCCGUGUAGAUAUUACAAUGGAAUUUCAUGCGGCCAAAAAUCAUGUUGAUAUUUUCUAUUGUUAAAGUUGAAAUAUUCGUUUUGUUUUUAUCUAAGAUGAAUAAUGUUGUAAAUGUUGAUUUAAAUUUACUGCUACAAUUGACUGUCCAAACAAAACUUACUUCACAAUGAUUGUUUUAACACGCGACAAAAUACGAUGUUGGCAUAUGUGAAACCAGUAAUUGUUUAGAUCCAUACAAAAUCUUGUACUAUUACUUGUAGAUUUUGUUAUAACACAGAGCUCCAUAGAUCCACUCAAUAUUCUGUUAAUACUUGUAGAACUUCUGUAGGAGGAAUGCGAUUUUGACCCAAAAUAUAAUAGAUUAAAUUAUUUAAAAUAUCUCAUUACGGUACUGCAUAAUGAUCGCAUAAGUCGACAGUAAUUUACGGUAUGUUCAGUUUUCACCGGACUUUAAAAUAGACGCUGCAAAUUAAAAUCGCUUUUCCUAAGUGAAUUGCAGAACAGGUCAUAUUGCAGCAGUUUGAAUGUAAAUUCUGAGCAGCUCAUCCUGCAGGAUGGCUUGAUUACAAACAAUUUGUCGAGCCCUGCAGUACAGGGUAUGUUUCAUAUGUAGAAAAAUCCUUGGUUUGUCAUAAUGGUUAAUUCAAGGAGGCGUGAAUUUGUGAAUAAUAAUAUAAAUGGUACUUUUAUUUGUUAGUUAGGACUUGUUUUGUACUUAGUCCUGAACAAAUAAUAUUGAUUUUACAGAUUGAAUCGAUAAAAUAAAAAACUGAUGUGCAGUCAAAUGAAAGUAAAAGAUGUAUUUUGUAGAAUCUGAAGAAAAAAGUGAGGAAUAAAAAUUUAUUGAAAUAUUUCUGUGCUAUCUUUAGCAGUUGGACAGGUUUCUGUUUUUGCGUGUAUCAGUACUGGUUAAUUAGAAUCUGACAAAAAUCAGGAGUGAUAAUAUAU